UCCAAUUAUUCACUACUUAAUUAAUCAAUCUUCCUUCACAUAUUUCGAUUUCAGACAGCUUUGAUGGCGGUUGACUUUUCACCAGCUUUGAUGGCUGCUACACUAAAUUACUAAAAAGAUACACUAAAUUAGUUGCUCUGUUUUCUCAUCUGAAUGGAAUAGAUUUGGAGGAUUUACAGGAUUUAAAGAUGGCUUGGGAGAAUCCAUUUAAGGAAAUGGCGAAUUCCAAGCCAUUGUUCUUGACGAUCUAUGCUACAGUCUUGAUCGGAAUAGUUUUCUCUUCGGUUUAUGUAUUUUCCGCCAUUUACUCUUCUCCUAAUUCCACAUUUUCUCUUUCCAUUGCUCCUUCCACUUCUUCUUCAGAUGCAAAAGCAGAACCUUCAAUUCAAGCAUCAAAUUUUUCUCAUCGACAAGCAGGUGGUGAUUCAACAGCAGUGGAACCCCAGCUUCAAAGCAAAUUAUUGAAGCCAACUUGGACAGUUCCCCCUGCGGGUUCAAAGAUGCCAGAUUUAGAAACUUUCAAAUUAUCAAAAGAACUGGUUCAGAAAAGAGUUAUAGACAAUAUUGUAGUUGUGACCUUUGGUAACUAUGCUUUCAUGGAUUUUAUCUUGACGUGGGUUAAACAUUUGACAGAUAUGGGUGUUGAAAACCUUCUCGUCGGUGCAAUGGACACAAAGCUACUAGAGGCGCUUUAUUGGAAAGGAGUACCAGCUUUUGAUAUGGGUAGCCAUAUGAGCACUAUAGAUGUUGGAUGGGGUUCACCAACAUUUCACAAAAUGGGGAGAGAGAAAGUUGUACUCAUAGAUUCUAUCUUACCUUUUGGCUUUGAACUCCUAAUGUGUGAUACAGAUAUGGUGUGGUUAAAGAACCCUCUUCCUUAUAUAGCACGUUUCCCUGAAGCAGAUGUAUUGACCUCUACCGAUCAAGUUGUACCAACAGUUACCGAUGACAGAUUGGACCUGUGGCGACAAGUUGGAGCUGCUUAUAAUAUUGGAAUCUUCCACUGGCGGGCUACUGAGUCCGCAAAGAAACUGGCCAAAGAAUGGAAAGAAAUGAUUUUAGCCGACGACAAGAUAUGGGAUCAGAAUGGUUUCAAUGAACUUGUGCGCAGACAGUUGGGACCUUCUGUUGAUGAAGACAGUGGGCUCGUCUAUGCUUAUGAUGGAAAUCUCAAGCUUGGUCUUCUCCCGGCAAGUAUUUUUUGCAGUGGGCAUACCUAUUUCGUCCAGGCUAUGUUUCAACAUCUAAGAUUGGAGGCUUAUGCUGUACAUACAACAUUCCAGUAUGCUGGAACAGAAGGAAAGCGUCACCGAUUACGUGAAGCCAUGGUGUUUUAUGAUCCACCUGAAUACUAUAAUCCACCAGGAGGACUUUUGACUUUUAAGCCGUCAAUCCCCAAAAACUUGCUACUGGAUGGAGAGCAUACCAUAGAGACACACUUCACUCUUAUUAAUUAUCAGAUGAAACAAAUAAGGACUGCGCUUGCUGUUGCUUCAGUGCUGAAUCGUACCUUGGUGAUGCCGCCACUAUGGUGCAGGUUGGAUAGGUUGUGGUUUGGACAUCCUGGUAUUCUUCCAGGUUCUUUGACAAGGCCACCUUUUGUUUGUCCUCUGGAUCAUGUUUUUGAGAUUAAUGUAAUGUUGAAGGAAAUGGCAAAUGAUGAAUUUGGACCUGGUAUCAGUAUUAGGGAGUACUCAUUAUUUGAGAAUCCAUCAAUGCCAGAAGAGGUGAAAAAGUCAUGGCUUAAUGUGCAUCUCUGCCAAGAAGGGUCACCGGGCUGUCAGGUUAAUAGUACAAGUCAAAGUGGGGUUCUCAAGCUUCCCAAACAUAGUACAGAAGAAACGUUGAAGACCGCAUUCUCCAAGUUUGAGGAUGUGAAAGUAAUCCAGUUCUCAUCAAUGCAAGAUGCCUUUGAUCGUUUUACGGACAAGACAAGGGAAGAACGAUUCAGGUUUCGUGUCAAGAGGUAUGUAGGCAUUUGGUGUUGCGUGGAGAAUCACACACCAGGUCACAUAUACUAUGAUAUGUAUUGGGAUGAGAAACCUGGUUGGAAAGCAGUACCUCCCAACUCUACAAACGACGACCAUCCGCCUUGGUGAGGCAUUGGACUCCAUUACCCUCAGAGAAGUGUGAAAAGAAAUCCUACUCCAGUGUCUCUAUAACACCUUGCAAUUCAAGAGGGAUGUACCAUUGUUUCAUAGAGAAAUGUACUUUUGAAUCUGUAGAGUUGGUAUGAAGGAUUAGUCCUUCAUUAGGAUAGAACAUAUGUGCUUUUUUAUGUACAAGCAGAAAAUUUUGAUUGUUCCAGCAUUAGAAAAGUACAAAAUAAUGAAAGUGUAUAAUUUUGAUUUGAGUAAAGAUGGCAGCCAACCAAACGGUUAUCAUUGA